AAAAAUUUCCCGUUAUUGUGUAGCUUUACCCGCCCCUUUCUGUCCUUCGUCGGUUCCUUGAUCCUUGCCCACUUUUCUUCGACUUCAGUGACUCGGAAUCCGAAUUAGGGUUUAGCUCGAAUUACUUGGAGACUGAAGAAUUCAAUUGCGGUGUUGGCUAAUCUAUAAAUUACCUCAAGAAUUUCGUUUUUAUUUUAAUCCAUGGCACACACCAGCGACGAUGUUGUAGGGGUUGAUAACACUUUCAGAAGGAAGUUUGAUCGGGAAGAGUAUUUGGAACGAGCCAGGGAGCGUGAAAGACAGGAGGCGGACGCGCGGGUUAAAUCAAAAUCGAGAGGUCCUCCAGUGCAAAGGAAGCCCUUGAAACAUAGGGAUUUUGAAGUAGACCUUGAAUCUCGCUUGGGAAAAACUCAGGUUGUUACUCCAGUGGCACCUUUAAGUCAGCAGGCUGGAUACUACUGUUCCGUUUGUGAGUGUGUCGUGAAGGAUUCUGCAAAUUACUUGGAUCAUAUCAAUGGAAAGAAACAUCAAAGAGCGCUGGGUAUGUCUAUGCGGGUAGAACGGGCAUCUGUCGAACAGGUCAAGGAGAGAUUUGAAGUUCUCAAGAAACGUAGAGUUCCUGGCAGCUUCACAGAGCAAGAUCUUGAUGAGCGGAUCUUAAAGCAGCAGCAAGAAGAGGAGGAACGGAAGCGCCAACGUCGAGAAAAGAAAAAAGAGAAGAAGAAAGAGAAGGCAGCAGAGGAGGAAAUUGAAGUGGAUCCUGAUGUUGCAGCUAUGAUGGGAUUUGGAGGAUUCAGUUCAUCCAAGAAGUGAUCAUGUUUGAUAGUUGUAUCCUGUACUGGGAGUGAGCUUUAUAGUGCUUUCUUGAUGUUCUAUAUUUGUAUCAAAAAGCAAAAUUCACGGUAUGACUAAACAUUUAUGACACAUUUAACAAGUGAUGUCAUUCAUGUUCAUUUUUGUGCAUUUCUCCUUGCAGGAGAUACUGAAAGUAAGAUUUAAGGCUACCUUGUACAUA